GGCUACUUCCUGCAGAGUGUUCAUACACACUGGUCACUGGCAGACGCGAACCCAGACGCCCUUUCUCUCUGGUGGUUCAAAUGGCAGUCUGUUUCCAGAUCGGUCAGUUUAACGCAUCCUCUUGCCUGUGUCAGACGUUCACCACGUAUCUGAUCCUGCCCGUUCUUUACAGUGUCGUGUUCCUUGCAGGUCUGUUUGGAAAUGUCAUGUCUAUUUGGGUAUUCUUCACAAAGAUUUCUACUAAAACCCCCACUCACAUAUACCUCAUUAACCUGGGGUUCUCAAAUCUGAUACUGUGCCUCACCAUGCCGUUCAACGCUGCCUACUACGCUCUUAGCACAAGCUGGCCUGCAUCCAGUCUGAUGUGUCAGUUAGCCAUAAAUAUCCUGACUCCAGUUCUUCACUCCAACAUUGCAGGAGGUAUGUUCAUUCUCACUUGGCUGGCACUAACUCGCUUUGCUACACUUAUCCAGCAUAACUAUGGUCAUCGCCCAAGCAGGUGCACCAAAUUCCUGCCUGAGAUCUUCUUAAGAAGGCUGCAGCAAACUCCAUUUGCAAUAGGCAUGUGUGUAUUAACUUGGGCCCUUGUUUUGUUGGGAAUUGUUCCUACAAUGGUGGUCUAUGCUACAGUGGAGACUGAGACCGUGGAGAAUAGCAGCGAGCAGGCGUGUUACAGUGUGCCAGUAGAGAUUGGUGGCUCCAGCUCUCAAGCCUUUAACAUUGUAGGAAUCAUACUGUUUUUCCUCUGCCUGGUUUUGGUGAUGAAUGCCUACAUAGCUGUGAUCAGGCACAUCAAUAGGGCAAAAAAAAACAGGAUUGUCCCUGACACCCAGAGGGUCUUGUCAAGAGUGUGCCGCAACAUUUUGGCUAUCCAGAUUGUGCUGGUCAUUUGUCUCCUUCCACACCACAUCUAUAAGGCUAUUUUCAUUGCCUUGGUACAGAAUGACUCUCAAUCUGGAGACCUUCCAGAAGAAUGCCAUCAUUUUUCUACACACAUAGAGGUUAAGAAUUUUCUUCUCUGUGUGGCAGUUCUACGCUGCAGCACAGACCCAAUCAUUUACUUCCUGCUGGACAAGAUGUUUAAACGGUACGUACGUGGUUUGUUCGGAGAAAGCGUUAACACAAAAGACAGCCAAUUGUCCAGGACUAUGAAUGAAUGUGGACAGCUUACUCUGAAACAUGAGGCACCUUCAUAUUCAAAAGACUCAAAGGCCGAAAAACUUCCAGUCAUGUGCUGAAGUGAAAUGCUAAAAACACAUUAUUGUGUUGGGGAUGAGUAACGGAUUUAUGCAUCACCUUGUACUGCAAAGGAAAACUUAUUCUUAGCAAACUUACUUAGAAUUAAUUUCAGGAAGAAAAAAGAGACAUACAGGCUGAGCUGAGGGGUGUUUAAAAAAAAAAAAAAAAAAAAAAAGUCUGCAUGCAUUCUAAAUAAUAAAUACAAAAUAAAGUGAAUGUACUUUCCUUUUAUUGGUUCCUGACAUUUCGAAUGAUACAGAUUAUAUUUUUAUACAAUGAUCUCCAUGUACCCUUUAUAUAAUCUAUAUGUGCAGUGAGAGCUAUUAAUAUAGAAAGAACAGAGAAUGAACUGGAUGUAAUUUAACUGUGCUCUAAAAUAGCAUACAUUAAAACUGCCCAAAGAUGGGAGAAUAUGGGCGCAAAUGAAUAAAAAGAAACCUUAUAUUGCCUUGAUUUUCUUUCCGCAUUUUCACCAUCUGUCCUUUAAAAAGUAUCUGUGUCAGUGUUAUAAAUACAGGGAUUACAACACAUGCAUGAGAAUACACAUGAGCGUAAUCUUUAAAGGAAUUGUUAGCUAGAGGCUGAGAAUCAUAUGGAUGUCUGCCCUGCAUGUAAAUAAUUUAUUUUUGAUGUAACAUUUUUAUUUCAUAGCUUUAUAAAACUUUAUAAUUUAUGACUUCUGGAUGUUUUUUUUUUUUUUUUUUUUUUAAUAUAACAUUAUAUUUAUCUUUCAAGCGUUUAAUAAUAAAAGCCAUCGGCCAACAGACUGAGACAAAUUCAGUCUCAUUUCCAGUGUGCAGCAUAAUAAUGAUGACGCACUACAGUGCUUCCCCUCAUAUUUAAAUAUACGCCUGUUUCUCCAUUUGUGUUUUAAAGGAAAGUGUUUGGCUUUUAUUAGAUCCAGUGUCUACUGAAGCUUGUAUUACAAAUCUGAUUAAAGCAUCACACUUUAUCUACAA